AUGGCCGCAGCGACCCUGACUGCACUAAAAGCAGCACAGCUCAAGCAUGCCACCUUUCUGCUUGGUCUCCCGAGUAUAGGCACAAAGUCAGAGCUUGUUACAGUCCUGGCUAGACAAGCAGACUCGUCCCAAGCCCGGUCAGAGAACAGUCAACGUAUCCUCAGCGUCGACAUGGGGAUCCGUAACCUCGCCUAUUGCGUCGUCGAUACUGUUCCAGCCUGGUCCAAGCAUCGAAAUGCUGAGCCAAGCACAUAUUUGCAUAUAUCUGCAUGGUCCAAGACAGAUCUACUAAAAGCGUCACCAGGAUCGAAGGCUUCGGCGAAGUCAAAGAAUGAUGCUGAGCCCAGCCAGGAAGUUGGCAAGAAGACAUCCAACGAGGCGUUCACUCCAUCUCAGAUGUCCAAGACGGCCUAUCAGAUCACACAGAAGCUGAUAGCCCACAAGCCAGACAGUAUCCUGAUCGAGCGUCAGCGCUUCCGCUCUGGCGGCGGAUCCGCCAUCCAGGAAUGGACUGUGCGAGUGAACAUGCUCGAGAGCAUGCUCUGGGCAUGUCUACAGACCCUACAGAUGCAGAAGUCAUCUUCCGGCUUUCCCACUAUUCAUGAGGUCAAUCCCGCACGAGUGGCCAACUUCUGGGUACCGAGUGCACCCGUACUACUUAGGCCGUCGCGUACAUUAUUCGACGCAACGCCAUCCAAAGUCACGGCAGAGAACGAUGGAUCGUCUCGCAAGAAGGUGCAGAAGAAGGACAAGAUCAACGUUGUGCGCUCUUGGCUGGGGUGCAGUGGCGACGUCAAGCUGACAUUCGAAGGCGAAGCGGCUGCCAUGGCUGACCACUUCCGCUCCAACACGGGCCGGGGCUCUGCUAAAAGCACUGAUAUUGGCAAACUCGACGACCUUGCAGACUGUCUACUACAAGCAGCGGCCUGGGCAAGAUGGGAGGAAAACAGACGUGCUUUCGUCGAACUUUUAGCCAAGCAUGCCGCAGGUUGA